AUGGCAAAGCGAAAGCGCAUCUUCACUCCGAAAAGAAGGACCAAGGCAAAGCUUUCGAAGGGAUCAAAACUCCCACUCGAACCAGUCGAACCUCUCAGCCAAGAGCUAUCACCUUUGUUCCGCCUCCCUCCUGAGCUCCGACACAUGAUAUACGAAGAGACCUUCAUCGCACCAACAACGAUCCAUCUGUCCUGGGUGGACGCAAGCAACUGCCGAUUCCGUAGCUUUCUCUGCAAACUCCCCGUGGAACACCAGUAUGAGAAGACUCGCAGCGGCCUCCUCUGCAAAAGGUGUGACAAGAGCCAUUUCGAGUGUCAUCCUCGCCAAAAACGGAGCACCGAUAACGCCGUGGUGCGCCGCUCCUACAGGCGGCAAAAGCAUACAAGGGUAAUGAGUAUGCUACAAAGCUGUAAACGGAUGUACCAUGAAACAAUCGACAUGCUGUACGAGAAGAACACCUUCUACAUCGAAAACCCGAAGACCCUCACCGAGCUUUGCAAGUAUAUGCCCCAGGAACGUCUAAGCUCCUUCCGAACCCUUUCCCUCGAAUCUAUAUCGUACUUGGGGAAUAUACUGGACCCUAGACCGUCACUCCUGCUCCAAUGGGACCACGCCAUCGAGGUCCUGAGGAAGCUCGACGGGCUGAAAUCCCUGUGUAUAGUCAUGCGACCCUGGUACGGCAUAAGAAUGGAGGAAGACACCCUGGAAAGCCCGAUCAGAUACGCUACGGCGGUGGGGAACCUUCCGGUUGCGCCGGUACUUUUGUGGGCUCCCUGUUUGGAUGUAUCGCUCAAGAGGAAGAAGGGAAUCACGGCGUGUCCGCUGCAUGGUAUACAUGGGACUGAGUCGAGGUAUUCUCCGAAGGACGCUCUUUUGGGCUUUGUUUGA